GAGUUCCGACCUGAGUCCCUUUGUCAAACAGCUCGCCUCAAGCGACCGCACAAUCCGCGACCGCGCCCUCUCUUCCCUCCGCACCUACCUCUCACGCUCCAAACCCUUCACGUCCCUCGACCUAUUGAAGCUAUGGAAAGGUCUUCACUACUGCAUGUUCAUGUCCGACAAGCCGCGCAAUCAACAACGCCUCGCGCGCGACCUCGCUGCUCUCACAGACGUCCUCGCGUCGGAGAAUGUCUUGCCCUGGAUAGAGGCGUUUUGGAAGACGAUGGCGCGAGAAUGGGGUGGUAUCGAUAGUCUGCGAAUGGACAAGUAUCUCUACCUGGUCAGGUGUUAUGUGAACAAGGGGUUCGAAGUUGCGAGCAGUGAGAAGAAGAAAAAGAAGAGCGCGAUAAGUUGGAACAGGUAUUUGGAGGUGCUGGAAGCCGACGGCGGGCCACUGAGUGUGAGGGAUGUGAAAGUGCCUGUGGGGUUGAAAUUGCACGUUCUGGAUGUGUGGGUGGAUGAAUUGGAGAAGGUUGACGGGGAACAGAAGGAUGGAGGGUGUCCUGUCGAGGAGGUGAUGAAGCCUGUGCAGAAACUACAAAAAGACAGCUUGGUCAAGAGUGUGAGGAUGAGGGCGAAGGAGAGUUUGGAGGAUGAGAGGUUGCUGGGAGGGAAGAGGUGGAGGACUGCGGAGGAUGGGAGUGUUGAGGAUGGAAGGAAAGCUCAAGACGAAGAGAUGGAAGAUGAAGAUGGUCAAGUCGUGGGUGAAGACGACGAUUUUGGCGGUUUCGACGAUUGAGACGGCCCGAGGAGGUUCCCUUCAGCUAUUGUGCGUUCUUCAGCGAGGGCGUUUGGCGUGUCUUAUCGGUCGGCAUCGAAAUCAAGUCCCGUGCUGCGAAACAGCAGUGAAACGAACUGGAUAACGCCUGCCUUUCCUUCACUUCCUCCCUCGUGAAGACCAGAACAACAGUUUGCUAGGACAAUAUCUCAAUAUGCGUCCACUGCCCGCCACAUUCUCUUCUGACCUGAAAUUUUCAAAACACCUCCACGUAACUAGCAUCAUGCCAGCGCGCAAGCCCCGACCCAAGACCACUGGUAUAGAUCAAGACGGCGAAUAUCCCAACUCCAUUCGCCAACGCAACGACCAGGUGUCUUUUCUUGACCUUCCCGGCGAAAUUCAGAACCAUGUGCACUCGGCCGUUCUGGAAACCUGCGGCGCAUAUCUAACCCUAGACCUCCGCAUCGCCAUGCCCUCAAACUGGAGUCUCGUCAGCAAACAAAUCCACGGAGAAAUGCUCGGCCAAGCCAUGUAUUGUCUUACAGUGCGGGUUGCUGAAUUCAAAUUCCCGAGAGUCAUCACUUUCCUGAAUCGACUACCAGAUAGAGACAUCAAAUUACUGAAGCCGAGGAAAGGCGGCGACAUGGUGAAGAAAAAGCCUAACGCAGCAACUUUGAAAAUCGAGCUCACCUUUCCCAAUCCUACUGAUCUACCAAUUCGUGGUUUCGCCUUUCUCCAACGCUGGCUCAACCGCUUCAGCAAUGCAAACAAACGCGCUUCCGAACUCGAAAUCAGCUAUGUCGGAACUUGCACAGAUCUCAUAAUGCUCCGAUUUGUAUCAAUCGCACUUCGGGAAAUUCCCGGCCCUGUGGACGAGGUGGGCAAGUUGCAUUUCCGGAAGAUUAAGGAUGCGGUGACGAAGAAUUGGCAAGAGGUGUAUCAGUAUGAGACGGAGCGUCUCGAGGGCCUGGACCAUAGUGAAGAUUGCAUGAAGUUGGGUUUGCCCAGGUGUGGGAGUUGUAUGUCCCUGGCUAGGAUUUUGAGGAAGACGGGGCUGCCGUUUGUGAUCCCGUGAGGUACUGUAGGUGAGAUGGGAUUGAUGGAGAUUGGGAACUCGUCGGUCUGGAUGAUGCUGCCCAUCAUCCGAAAUGAUCCAAUACGGUGGAUGUGUAAUUGCAAUUGCUGGCCACGCUGAGCGCUUCUUCGUGUACUUUGCGAGAUCAGACACCGGCCAAGACGUUGCAAGUACAUCUCCGCAUAGGGGGCGAUUCUCCAGAUUACAAGCCCAGGGCGUAGCAGCAAGUAAAACUUCUCGUCGAAUUCAGACUCCCUCUGUGUCGGCUAUCAGCAAACACAAGGGUCAAAGAGAGAGAUGAUUCCGAAUGUUUACGUGUAUAAGCAUUCAUAUUAUCUUGGUCAACAUGGAGAAGAGGAUAAGUGCACGAGAUACUGACUUUAUGCGCAGACAUACGGAUCGAGUACAAUCAGGAGUACGAACACAAGAAGAAAGCGGUCGACAAUUCAAAUCAAAUACGAUUCAUUCUAGA